AGAUGCCAACUGAGGCACUCUGUUUCAGCCAUAGUCCUUCUGUUCCUGGCCCUCUGCGUGGCUAUCAACGCCGACUUUGUCUGCGAUCCCAAUGGCGAUGGUCAGCCCGAUUGCGUGAGUCGCUCCGGAGACAUUUCCCGCGACUUCUGGGAUCCCACCCACUACUGGAGGUGCUCUGGCACCGGACAGGCUGAGCUCGUUGCCUGCGAUCCGCAGACUGGAUUCGAUCCCAAAACUGGAGUAUGCGUGGAUUGGCGCGUUUGGCAGUGGUAUCCGCCAUGUCCCGAAACAUCCACCUAAUCAAUAAACUUCUAAAGUUCUAAAUAUGUACGAUAAGGUUCUACUACUGAAAGUAUUUAUUUGGGGAGCUCUGAUUGAAUGAGGUCUUGGAUAUUCCAGAUUCAAAGUUACUUUACUAUACUAUAUCGAAUCGUUAACGAGUA